UGCGCGUGCCCCUCCACCAACAUGUCGCCGUAGGACCUGAAGACCAAACUUUAGCAACUUUAUGCAUUUUAGCUUAUGACAUUUGAAGAGAUAUGUCGUGCAGGAGAGGCGCAGACUUAAUCGCAUCUAUGUUGAGGAUUUUAACCACUAAGUGUGUAAUUUUAGCGCUGGUAUUUGGCCCAAACUUACCGGUUUCUGAGGGUGAAGGUAUCAGCCCUCAGAGAUGUCUCGUUUGGGGUCCAGGUCUGGAUCCCGCCGCAGUUUUACCAGUCCGUUACUUCUUCAUCCAGGCGGUGAGCCCUGCAGGAACAAACCUCACGCUGUCUCCAGGUAAAGAGACAUUUAAAGUGAAGAUAAGUCCCCUCAAUGAGGAGGAGUACAUCCGUGUUCAUGUUCCUCCACCUCUGGACAGAGGAGACGGGUCCUUUCUGAUGAGGUACCGCCUUUAUGGAUCUGCACUCAAAGGCCUGAAGGUGGACAUCUUCCACCAAGACGUCGCUGUGGCCAAGUCGCCCUACAUCAUCCAAGGCCCAGUUUAUCAUGAAUUCUGCGACUGCCCUGAAUCUGACGCUUCCGUUUGGCAGAGCGUCCUGCAGUGUCCCACCAACGAACCUCAGAUCCAGGCCGACUUCCAAUCCUUUCCCACCAUCGACCUGCAGCGUCUCCGACAGGAAGUGCCCCUCCGAUUCUCCAACAGAGGAGGCCUCAUCCAUUACGCCAUCAUUGAUAACAAGGUGCACCGCCGCACCCUGGGGAAGUACACCGACUUCAAGAUGUUCUCUGAUGAAAUGCUGCUGUCGCUGACCAGAAAGGUGAGAGUGCCUGAUGUGGAGUUUUUCCUGAAUGUGGGCGACUGGCCUUUGGAGACGAGGAUUGAAGGAGCUCUUCCGAUCCUCUCCUGGUGUGGCUCUACGGAUACGAGGGACGUCGUCCUUCCGACCUACGAGGUGACGCACUCCACCCUGGAGACCAUGAGAGGCGUCACCAACGACCUCCUCUCUGUUCAAGGCAACACAGGUCCCCCAUGGGCUAAUAAAACGGAGCGGGCAUUUUUCCGUGGUCGGGACAGUCGGGAAGAGCGUCUCCAGCUCGUCUCUCUUUCCAAGAAAUCCCCGGAGCUGCUGGACGCCGGCAUCACAGGCUGGUUCUUCUUCAGAGACCGAGAGAAACAAGUGGGCAAAGCGCCGCUUGUGGGAUUCUUUGACUUCUUCAAGUACAAGUACCAGGUAAACGUGGAUGGAACGGUCGCAGCGUAUCGGUUUCCUUACCUGAUGCUGGGGAACAGCCUGGUUCUGAAACAGGACUCUCAGUACUACGAACACUUCUACAGACACCUCCGAGCAGGCACUCACUACGUUUCUGUGAAGAGAAACCUGUCGGACCUUUUAGACAAAAUCAAAUGGGCCAAAGAGAACGAUGCUGAAGCGGCGGAGAUGGCGCGGGCGGGACAGGCGGCGGCCAGAGAACUGCUGCAGCCCAGCCGGCUCUACUGUUACUACUACAGGGUGCUGCAGACGUACGCCGAGCGGCAGAAAGGGAAGCCGACGCUGCAGGCAGACAUGGAGCUGGUGCCUCAGCCGGACGAUCAUACAGCCGCAUGUUCAUGUUGGCGCGAAAGUCACAAACAGAAAUCCAGUAAGAAUGAAUUAUGACCGCGCCGCUGUAGUUAGUCGUUUCUACUUUGAUGGUUAUUUGGUGUUAAAAACAUUCCUGAAACAAAAAACAAAACUGAUGAAUGUUUCUGAUGUUUUCAUUUCAUUUUUAAUACUUUUAUUAAAGAAAGUCUGGUUUUUUUACUGUUAGUAACCACAGGAAGUUGUAUUUAUAAAUAUUGGUAAAAAUGUAGCUUUUUUUGAACUGUGCCUUUUUAUGUAUAUAAUAUUUUCUUUUU